GCAGACUUCACUCAUCAGCCCAUUAGCUCCCACCCCAGAGUCCAAGGGUUUGUGCGGUGAGCAGGCUGGGCUGUGCUGGGUACUGCAGGACAGCCAGGUUAGGCAGCAUGCGCUUUGAGGGGCUGCUGGAUCAGGUGGGCGGCUUCGGACCCUUCCAACUGCGGAACCUGGUGCUCAUGGCCCUGCCUCGGAUACUGCUGCCCCUGCAUUUCCUCCUGCCCGUCUUCCUGGCUGCUGUGCCCUCCCACCAUUGUGCCCUGCCUGGCACCCCCGCCAACAUCAGCCUCCAGCACCUGUGGCUGGAGGCCCACCUGCCCCGGGAGCCCGAUGGCACAUUUAGCUCCUGCCUCCAUUUUGCCCACCCCUGGGCUCGCCCCAACACCACAGUGGGGAAAGAGGCGCAGAGCCUGGGGGACCUGGAGGGCACAGCCUCCACAGUUCCCUGCUCACAGGGCUGGGAGUACGACAGCUCAGAAUUCUCUUCCACCAUUGCUACAGAGUGGGACCUGGUGUGCGAGCACAAAGGCCUGAACAAAGUGAUAUCCACUUUAUUCUUCAUUGGCGUGCUGGUGGGUGCCGUGAUCUUCGGAUACCUGUCUGACAGGUUUGGGCGGCGACGCCUGCUGCUGGUGGCCUACGUGAGCUCCCUGGUGCUGGGCCUGGCAUCUGUGGCCUCCGUCAACUACAUCAUGUUCGCCAUCACCCGCACCUUCACCGGCUUAGCUCUGGCUGGCUUCACUGUAAUUGUGCUGCCGCUGGAGCUGGAGUGGUUGGAUGUGGAGCACCGCACAGUGGCUGGGGUCCUGGGCACCAUCUUCUGGUCGGGAGGUGUCAUGCUGCUGGCACUGAUUGGGUACCUGAUACGGGACUGGCGGUGGCUUCUGCUGGCUGUCACCCUGCCCUUGGUCCUGGGCAUCGUCAGCAUCUGGUGGGUGCCUGAGUCUGCACGCUGGCUUCUGACCCAGGGCCAUGUGCAGGAGGCCCAGAGCUACUUGCUCCGCUGUGCCAGGCUCAAUGGGCGCCCUGUGGGCGAGGAUGGCCUGAGCGUGGAGGCUCUGAGCAAAGUGGCAUCAGCUGAGCGGGUGGUCCGGAGACCCUCCUACCUGGAUCUGUUCCGCACACCGCGGCUGCGACACAUCUCUCUGUGCUGCAUGAUGAUGUGGUUUGGGGUGAAUUUUUCUUACUAUGGCCUCACGCUGGACCUGUCCGGGCUCGGGCUGACUGUGUUCCAGAGACAGCUGCUCUUCGGGGCGGUGGAGAUACCCUCCAAACUGGUGGUCUACCUGUCAGUGCGCUACAUGGGGCGCCUGCCCACAGAGGUGGGCACGCUGGUGGGCACUGCGCUGUCCUUCGGUUUACGACUGCUAGUUCCCUCGGAGACCAAAUCCUGGCUCACCGCCCUGACCGUGAUGGGGAAAGCGUUUUCUGAGGCCUCCUUCACCACGGCCUACCUGUUCACAUCAGAGCUGUACCCUACAGUGCUCAGGCAGACAGGGCUAGGGCUGACCUCACUGGUGGGCCGGCUGGGGGGAUCCUUGGCCCCACUGGCGGCCUUGCUGGACGGAGUGUGGCUGCCACUGCCCAACAUUGCCUACGGGGGCAUCGCUCUGCUGGCUGCCUGCACUACCCUCCUGUUGCCAGAGACCAAGAGGGCACAGCUGCCAGAGACCAUCCAGGACGUGGAGAGAACAAGUGCCCUGCCCAGUGUUCAGGAGGAAGAGAUGCAGAUCCGGAACUGAGUGGGGCUGGGCACAGACCUCCACAAGCAGCUCUGUGGCAGGCACUGAGCACAGAAGGGCAGGCUCUUGUGACCCAAGCUGGGGCUGUCAAACCCCUCUGCCCAGGGCUGGAGUUGCCAUGGGAACCCCUGCCUGUACACAUCCAGACUUAACUAUUUAGUCAUCAGCAAAAGGACCACUUCCCAGGAAGCAGUAGUCUGCAGGAGAUCUUGGGCACCCCUCAUGGGGCUGGGAGGAUUCUGUGAAUAAAGGUGCCUCUUAGGUGGCGGCAGCAGUGAGUAGUUUUGGGAACAGCCCUAGAUGGGAAGCCAUUGAAUUGGCUUUGGGCUCUGAUCUCAAAAUUGCCAACAAUUUCCUGUGUGACCUUGGGUGUGUUGCUUUCCCUCUCUGGGCCUCAGUCUGCUCAUCUCCCAAAUCAUGAUGAUGAAGCAUCUUAGCUGACCUCACCACAGCAUCUGUUUUGCUCAACUGAACAAGGUGCUUCUUGUAGAUGGCACUGGAGAAGGGAUGUCCCAUGUUGUCCCCUGUAUAGUGCUGGGGGCUGUCCAAUGCCAGGGCCAGGGGAACCAGAAGCACAGCCAGGGCAGGCUAGCCCUGCCUCCUCCAAGCCACUCUCCAGGGACCCCUACUCCCAUCCAACAGAAUGUCUACCCUGGUGCCCAAGGAACUGAGGGCAUAAAAGCCAACAUUUUAUUGGAGAAGCCAGAGAGGC